AUGUCGGACGUUAAUUGGACGAACCGAGAGCGUGUUUUUCAUGAGAAGGUUAUUUUUAACAUUUUCUCACGCUUCGAUGACUUGAUUCUAGAUAGUUUCGUGAAAUGAUUACAAAGUUUUUGAAGAAAACCAAAAAAAGUUAUCCUUUCGAGCGCAAUCAUAAAACUAGUGUAAAUUCCUAGAAUAAGAAUCGAUCCAGAAAGAUAAAACUUUCUUACCAUGUCCCUGGUUUUUUAAUGAAACUUUGCUGUAGGGUACUUCAGGAUUAACUGAACAAGAAAAAUAUUCUCGCAAUAGAUCUGGUUUUCAAGUAAGGCCGCUGCAUAAACUUCAAACAGCGCUUUUUUGUCAAAAUAUUCCUAAUUUGCAAACUUUGAAGCUUCAUAAAUUGAAAGAAGAUCUAUUGGGAGAGACUCCUUGUUCUGGAAGCUAAAAUGCUUGGUCUCUCCCAAUAGAUCUUCCAAGUUUCAGAAAACGUUUCCUCCAAAGUCGAUUUACAAUUUUCAGGUCUUCGACACACUUUCAAGGCCAAUGUCGCGAGCCAGUAAAAAAGAUUCGGUGUCACCUAACGAAAAUACCGGAACGUGGGUUGUUUCUUUCUAAAGCUCUGUGUUGAAAAUUGUUGAAAAUUCGAAAAAGUGAGGUCCGAUCUUUCGGAAGAAUCUUGUAGGUUGUACAUUUUCGAUUAGGCUAUGGAGCGUUCUUAAUGAAGCUAAACCAAAUAUUUCACAAGAAAAAGGAAAGGUGAGAUCCAGAACUUACUCUACUUUUAUCGCGCCUUUGCAUGCAACUCUAUCAUGUUCGAAAAAAAAAAACCUCUGCACACUAUUCGAUUUCGGCUUUUCUUUGUCAAAUUUCAAACGCGUUGACGAACUUGUGAAUAAGUCGUGUCCACUGCAAAAACAAGCCUUGUUCCAGGUGGGCCAUUCUAUUUCGAGGAGUGAAAAAGUGCUUUGAAAUACGGGCUCAGUUGCAUUCAUUGGGCUCUCGUUUCCUGUUUUUACCCUUCCUUCCUUCUCUUUCACACACAGCUUGACGUCAGUAGUAUGGAAAUUAGCAAUGUCGGAGUCAUAUAGAUUUACAAUGAGCCGAAAAAAAAAACGCUCGAGUGAGGGAGGCAGAAAGCUAAACUUGGCCUCAGCAUUUAAUGUUUGAGCAGUUUUUCAGUUUUCCAGGAACCACUAGAAUGUAAAUUUUUGUGAACGAAAUCGCAAGUUCAAACAUCACGUACAUCGGAAUAUAUGAAUACUGCAAAGCUCUGCCUUUCACAAUCUCUUUCUUUUCUCAUUAAAUUUGUAAUCCUCUCAUUUUUCUCAUGUAUUUGUUUUUUGUAACCUAGAAAAAGCGGAAAAUAAUUUGGACACAAUUUCCUAGCCGAGCAGUUUUUUCAGCUCUUGCAGCCGACUACGUAAUCGGAUGGCUCCAAAAAGUGUUCUAAAAAUAAUUAUGCAAGUUUUACAAGCAGAAUAAACCUUAUUGCCAGAGAUUCAAAGUAGUCAUUUUUAUACAGGUCCUAGAGUCUCCCGAGGAAGUCGAAUAUUAAAAUUCUACACAGCGAGAAUCGUUCCAAUCUCACCAAAUUUUAUGCUCAGUCUGAAGAGAAAUCGAGUUUUAGGCCUCCAAAAAACUAAAUUUCUAUUUUUUUAAAACUCAAAAUGCUAACUAAAGUUGAUUUAUCAACUAGUUUGCUAGCCUCGAAAAGUUUUCUCGGCCGAGUUAAGGCCGUCGAAGAAACAUUUAGUUGAAUUUUCAAAAAAAAUCAACUUCUCAUUUUGAAAAUAUUUCUCAUCUCAUUGCUUUUUUGUAUAGUAUAAAUAAAACCAAAGCACAGCCCGAAAUAAUUGAGAAAUUGUCAAAAAAAUAUAAUCAAAACCUUCAGAAUUCUCUCAAAAGCUUAGAUACGGUUGAAUAAAAAUCUUUUCAUUGAUUUCAAUUCAGAUAUUAAGAGUUCAAGUAAAAAGAAUAGCAAACAUCUUGGAGAAGUCCUCAAUGUUCAAAAAUUGCUCUUCUCGUCGAGAAAAGGGCAUUUUUUUCUGCAUAACUUAGCCUACCAAUACCGAGGCAUCAAUCAUUUCCCUGAAUAGAAAAAUGGACGUUGCCCGAUGUUUUUUUUUAGUUUCGUGCACUCAGUUCCUUCGAAAUUUAUCGGCCACUUUCAAAAAGGCAAAUGAAAAAUGCUUUCCCUCUUUUUUAUUUCUAAAUUUUAGUGAAUCCAGAGAAAAUUUCCCAGCGUCCCCCGCUCUUUUCAUUGGCUUUCGAAUUGUCGAAGAAAAUUAAAAGAAUUUUUGCAGCUUCACUCUUUUUUUCUUCUUCUUUUUGUUUGUUCCUAGAUUUUCGGGUCAGAAAAGACAAAAAAAAAGGGGAAAAUAUUUUCGUCUUUUCUACUUUUCAUUGACAAAGAAAGAGACAAGGAAACCUCAUCGCGUGGUCGAAUGGGCUCAAAAAGGAUGUCCAGAAGAAAAAGGGGUUUUGGCUGCGGAACGCCCGCGGCUUUCUGAAAUAUUAAAAUCUUUCAGGACUGCGGGCGGGCGGUUGUACUUUUUCCGUCAAGUUCCUGUUUUUGUCCAGCACCCCACAAUUUUCCCUAAAAUUUCGAUUCUUAGCUAGGUUUGAGACAAAAAAACGUCACCGUCCAAAUCUCUCUUUUUCGGAGAUCGUCUCUCCAAUACUGUUUAAAACGAGCUUUGAAAAUUUUCUCAAGCUAGUAUUACUUAAUAAAAAUCGAAAAAAAGUUCAACCUACACAGACAUUUUUUUUUGAAAUAACAUCUAUUCUGCGAAAACAUCAUUAUCACCUGUGAAAAAAACAAUUUCCCAAUCAUCUCGGUUUUUCACGAACUCCCAAAAACGGCUGACGCUCAUUAAAAAGUUUUUUUCUAGAAAGAAAAAAAUAAUAAUAAAUCUCGGAGGUAUCAUCAAAUCUCAUUUCAAAAAAAUAAUGAAGUUUGAGAAAUUCACUUGAAUGCUUCCAUUACAAGUUUUUUCGUUUUUUAGAAGCUUUUAGUUCAGAAGGGUCUGAAAGAUUCUUCUAAAUCUUUUUUCUAGAUUAUGACUUUGGUUGUUUCCAAACAAUAUAUUGUUUCACGCCGUUACGGCUUCUAACAAAAAAAAAAACAAAAAUCCAAGCCAAGCUCAACUUUUCAAGGUCUUUUAACGCCCACUACCAAAUCUUUGGACUUUAUCAAAGAAAUUUGAGCCAAAACUCGAAAAGCGCAAAUCGUUUAUUCCACACGUGUCCGUGCAACAUUUAUCAUUUCAUUUUUGAUAUUUAUGGUCGCCUGGGAAUUUUUUCGUCUGUUUCGAGCCAAAUUUGAGCUCCGGCUUCUCAAAGUUCAAGCUCAACUCAACUUAACCAACUUAGCGCUGAAAUUCCAUCCGAAAAGAACUUCAGCUGUCAGCAAAGGGGAAAAAAACGCGACGUGCUCCAAAAAUAACCCAAAUUGUAGUUCCGAGACAUGUUUUCCAUCUCUCUCAGGCCAAAAGUUUUUGUUUCCAUAGCUAUCACGAGUCCAUGUACAAUUUUUCGAAUGAAAAAAAAGCUAUGGGAAAGUCAAGCCAUAAAUAUUAUGAGUUUUUCACAAGACUUACUUUUUCGAUUUCGAAAACAGACUGCAAAACUCCACAAUUACUUCCUCAUCUCAAUGCUUCCAUUCAGAAAAUUAGGAAAUCGAACAUGUUUUGAAUGUUUCUUCCAGAUCAAAAACCGCACAAUAUAUCCCUUUACCAAAAACUCCCAGAGGUGGGCGGAGCCAAAGCUGAAGCAGUUGGUGGCUCAGUUAUUAUCCUAGGAGCAAAGAGCGAGCGACGUCUUUGUCUUUUUGUUAUGAUCUCGAAAUAUUUCAAGUUCUGAAAGUCUUAGCUCUCCAUUCAGAUCUUCCAAAGCAUAAAAUUCAAUUAGUCACCGUCUAACCCGUUUUGAUGAAUUUAAGUUUUUACAUAUCAAACUAGAGCCGAAAUCGUUUCUGCUUUUCCAAAAGUUCAGAAAGUUGAAUUCAAAUUUCCAUACUCAACGUGUGUUUUCGCAAAAGUUCUUUAAGUCCUGCUCGCAUAUUCCUUCAAAAUCUCUUCAUUCUGUAGUUUUGGAAGCCAUAAACCAGCUUCACGAGUUUAGAAGUUAAUAAAGCGUCCAAAAAUCCAGUAGACAUUCCAACAAUGUUCGUUAUUAGGAACAUUGUACCUUGGAGACGCCAACAAAAAAACAAGGCAUGGGAUGGGAGCGUUGCGACAAGGAGCCCAUAUAUAAAUAGAAAAGUAUAUCGGGUUUCCCGUCUCUCUUAUUAUUUUUUCUUUAUUCGACCCCUAAGUGUUAUAAUCAUAAUAAUUCGCUUUACUUUACAGUAUGAACAUGUUCUCGGGUCGAAAAGUCAAGUGGAAUCAUUUUGGAAAGAAGUACGCCCUGCGUUUCAGCGACUACGAGAUGGAGUACGCGGAUUUGUACGACGUGAGUUACAUUUUUUGUCCCGAUUUUUGUUCCCAUCCAGGCUACAGAAUUAUUCCUUUCGAAGCGGUCCACGCGGUUUUUUUUGGCCUAAACAUUCCGUUUGAUUGGCCGUGCGUAUCGAAGGGAAGGGUUCUGUAGCUUGAAAAAAAAAAACGAAAAUUGAGACUACACUCUACUUUUCAAAGUAAGAUUGUAAUUUCAGCAUUCUAAUAAGUAUUUUAGGCGCUGAUGAAGAAAGUGCACGAGGUGCGGCCAGACUUCGAAGGCGAUGUGGCUUACAUCGACCAGUUCGGCCGACAGGUAUAUGAGAAACAAAAAAAGACAUUUUUGAGAGUGAGCGUGUUUUUUGGACUAACAAAGAAAGUUAUUUUACUCUGCGGUUGCGGAUUUCCUGGAAAUUGCACAGAAUAUUUUUUACUGUAUCAGAUGAUGAUUCGAAAAAUCUGAGCCUUCCUAGUUUUUGAGGAAGGAGAUAGUCAAAAUAAAUUCACAAAAUCCGAGAAGCUAGGCCAUUUUGGGACAUCACUGGAAAAGUCUCUAGUAGCCACUUGAGAGGCUCCUCAAGGACUACAUGGAGAGAACACUUAAGUGGACAAUAAAAAGACCUCUAUUGAAGCCCCUAUUCCGCGUGUUAGUGACCGUUAUGGUACUUUUUGGUGGUUCAGUAGUACUACUUGGACUUCCAGAAAGGACACUAAAUUUUAGCCAUCUAAGUGGCCACUAAUUCGAUGAUUAAAAUUUUUCCCAGAAGUUGUACCAAAUAAGCACGUAGCCAUCAGUAAAUUCCUAACCAAAAAGUAAAAUAACCUUCCUCCAAAAUAACUAUUCUAUUGACUUUUUUUCAAAGCUGACCAACAGAUUUUUUAUUACUACUACGCUUCAGGCUAUCGUGACCAAUGACAAGGACGUUCGCGCAGCCAUACACCAAUCAAAAGGCAAACUGAAACUGCACACGACGUUGCGCGAAGGCGCCGUUCUUUCCGCCGCCGACAUCGCCGGUCGUCCGGCGCGGUCGCAGUCUGUCCCACCGGUUCGAUUUUCACGUUUUGAUUCCCAAUCAGAAGGAAUCGGCUUUUAAAUCGCAUCUUUCUGGGCGCAAGCUCUCUUCGACACCCUCCAAAAAUGGUUCUCCAAUAUUUAUGUUAUUGGGAUGACUCGGACCUCGGUGACGAAAACCAGGCGCUUCUGAGUAAUUCUAGGGGUUACUUAAGAGUGCUGACACUACUAAAGUGGUCACUAGAAAUGCUCUGACACGUCCGAUUCGCGUUAUCAAGGUCCGAGGAAUGAUAUUCCGAAUAUUCAGGAGCGGUCCUACCACUCGUACCCUCCUAACUCACGGUCGCCAUCUUCGAUGGACAGCGCUCCGGCGACGUAUCGCCACCGCACAAUGUCGCCUCCACCGUCACAUACGCCGCAGCCACAGCGGGAGAUCAUCAAGACAACCUACAGCCACGCUGGCUCUUUUUCCGGCUAUGGAGUGAGUUAACUAAUAGUCCGUUCUCGGACGUCUGCGUCUCUCUGUUCCCUCACCAGCGAGGUCAGAGAAAAAUGAAAAUAGCACUUCGACAUGAGAGGGUGCCGAGAGACGAGGAGGGCGCAGAGAAGUUCCGCCCUUUCAAGUCGCGAAAAACGGACUACAUGAACAUUCGGAAAUUUUUUGGCUUGAAACCAGCAUUUAAAUAUUUUUUCAAAGGAGAUUUCAUACACGGCGACACCAAAUCGACGCCACACCCACCACAACGGCGGAAAAUAAAAUGUGUUGUACGCAGAGCACGCGAUGCAUGAAAAGCGACGCGCAAAAAGCGAUAUGAUCAUAUCAAAAACGCCCAACUUGAUUGAGGCAGGGCUAAAGCUAUUUCAUCCACAAUCACCCUAAAGAGUUGUGUGAGAAAUCAUAUUUUAAAUUUAUAAAAAAAUAAUUGGGAGUGAAGUUCUCUAGAACAAGUACGUCUGGAAAUAUUAGACCAGUAAUUUCCAUGAGCGAAUAUUUUGAGAAAUCCAUAUGUCACCUCUUGAUUGGUAUUAUGAAGAUUAACUUUUUUAACAAAUUUAGCUUCAUUCCAAAGUGAAGCCGCUUAUCGAAAAAAAGAGAUUUUCCGCCACAUUAAUUUUUUGCCGAAUGAGGAAAAAAAAAUGAUCGAAUGUUCUCAUAUGCAUAGGAAAUAAAGAGCGCAAGUUUCAUCAUUAUGUGGUCCGGGAAAGUUUCCUUCCGCUUCUAUAAAUAUAUAUUUUCUCGCAGAUCGCAAUUAUGAAGGAUUUUUGGACGUUUCUGCACACAAGUUUGAAGCGAAAAAAAAAAUGUUUAUGCCGUGUUCAAAGGGAUCGCGCGAUAUCAAAAAUAGGUGGUCAGAAUAAAAGCUAAAAUGACUGAAAAGAAUUACAAAAUAAUAAAAAUGAAUCAUGAUGACUUAAAGCACCGAUAAUUGUCCUGGAAGUGAUACUGAUGACAAAGGUUUUUCAACAGAUUUUAAUUUCAGAAUGGCACUACAGAGAACUUAUUUUGAUCGGUUAGAGAUUCAUCUUGAAAUAUGAACAAAAUGGCUUUUCGCGUUGAUUAAUUUUCAAGAUUUGAGUUUAGAAAAACAGUAAUUGUGACCAAAAUAAAAAUCUCUUAUCCAAUUACUUGCAGAACGGCUACCCUUACAAGGCGGGGUAUCCAUACUCGCAAAGCAUUCUCUACGGAAUGCCGCCGCACAAUGGAAUGCUCCUAAGGUUAGUUGGUGAAAUUAGGAAUUCUGUUGCCGGAGAAUCCGGAAAAUUGUGAAAAAGAGUACUCAGACCUCAGUAACGAGAACCGGACGGGCUCCGGACGUUUCGGGCAUCUCAAAUAAUAACUUAAACCGCUGUAGGGAUUUAUAGAAAUGCUCAGAAACUUCCGGAGCGCGCCUGACUAGCGCUACCGCGGAAUUUUUUUUUGCAUAAUUAAAAAAAAACAACAGCCCAGGAAACUCCAAAUUUUUAAGUCUGUCUCAUUCCAGGUUCCUGGCGAACCCAUUCCCAUUCGGUCACCAUCAUCGCACUUUUGUCGGUCCCAACAAAUACCACCAUUUUGGCGGCUGGGGCGGCGGCCGCUACUAUUCCUCGGGCUUCGGACCAGUUUGGUGA